AUGGUUUCCGCAACUUCAGGCUCCGUCCCGCACCCCUUUGACCCCUUAUCUGUUGAUGAGAUUCAAGCAGCCAUUGGCAUUGUCAAGAAGGCUCAUGGAGAUGUUUUCUUCAAUGUCGUCUCACUUCACGAGCCGCGUAAGGCGGAGAUGACAAAAUGGAUGGAGGAUCCAGCCAACACCCCUCGACCCCUGAGAAUCGCAGAUAUCGUCGUUAUCGCACCAGGCGGAAAGGUUUACGACGGACUAGUAGAUCUUUCGACUGGCACGAUAACAAAAUGGGAGCUACUAGAUGGAUUACAACCUAUUAUUACCAUGGAAGAGUUGAAGAAUGUUGAAUUCACAGUUCGGAAGGACCCCAAAGUCAUCGAACAGUGUGUAAUCAGUGGUAUUCCUAAGGAAGAGAUGCACAAGGUCUACUGUGACCCUUGGACGAUUGGUUACGAUGAGAGGCACGGCAACAAGAUUCGACUCCAGCAAGCUUUGAUGUACUAUCGACCUGAUGUUGAUGACUGCCAAUAUCAAUACCCCCUAGACUUCUGCCCGAUUUACGACGCAGACAAGCAGGAGGUUGUUGCUAUCGACAUCCCCAAGAUCCGAAGGCCAGUGAGCAGAGCUCCUCCAAUCAAUUAUCAUCCCGCCGCCAUUGAAAAGCUAGGAGGAUACCGCAAAGACCUGAAACCUAUCAACAUAACGCAGCCUGAAGGCGUAUCAUUCACAAUGAACGGCCGAGAAAUAUCGUGGCAGAACUGGAACUUCCACAUUGGCUUCAACUACCGAGAGGGCAUUGUUCUCAACGACAUCACCUUCAACGAUAAAGGGACUGUUCGUCCUAUUUUCUACCGACUCUCCCUGGCGGAGAUGGUGGUGCCAUACGGAAACCCUGAGCACCCUCACCAGAGGAAACACGCCUUUGAUUUAGGAGAGUACGGUGCUGGUUACAUGACUAACAGUCUCUCCUUGGGCUGCGACUGCAAGGGUUCUAUUCACUACUUAGACGCGGAUUUCCCUACAAGAUCCGGUGAAAUCCGCACUAUCAAGAAUGCGAUAUGCAUUCAUGAGGAAGAUGACGGCAUAUUAUUCAAGCACAGCGAUUUCCGAGACGAGUCGGUCAUCGUCACACGGGCGAGGAAACUCAUCAUUCAACAGAUCUUCACUGCUGCUAACUACGAAUAUGCCAUCCAAUGGGUCUUCCACCAAGAUGGUACCAUCCAGCCGGAUAUCAGGCUCACGGGUAUUCUCAACACAUACGCCAUGGACCCCGAGGAGGACACGAAGGGCUGGGGAACCCAAGUAUACCCAGGUGUCAACGCGCACAACCACCAACAUCUGUUCUGCCUACGAAUAGACGCCAACGUAGACGGGCCCAACAACACCGUCUUCAUGGCCGACGCGGUCCCAUCAGACGCGCCCGUCGGCAGCCCCGAGAACUUCUACGGUAACGCAUUCUACGCCAAGCGAACGAAGCUGGACACGACCGGAAAGUCGAAGACGGAUUAUAACGGCGCCACGAGCCGCACGUGGGAUAUCUGCAACACGAACAAGCUACACCCCUACAGCAAGAAGCCUGUGAGCUACAAGCUCGUCAGCCGAGAAGUUCCCCCGCUACUGCCGAAGGAGGGCUCGCUAGUCUGGAAGAGAGCCGGUUUCGCCCGACACGCGGUGCACGUCACGAAAUACCGGGACGACCAGCUCUGGCCCGCAGGCCGGCACGUACCCCAAACCUCGGGUGAGCCGUCGCUCGGCUUGCCGGAGUGGAUCGGGGAUGGGACGGAGUCGAUCGACAACACGAACGUGGUGCUGUGGCACACGUUCGGCGUGACGCACAUCCCGGCGCCCGAGGACUUCCCCGUCAUGCCCGCCGAGCCCAUCACCCUGCUCCUCAGGCCCCGCAACUUCUUCGCCAGCAACCCCGUCAUGGACGUCCCGCCCUCCUACGCCUCCACCCCGAGCCAGGUCGCGGCCGCCGGCGCCGGCGUCACCGACGCUUCGGAUAAGCUGAGCAGGCUCGCGUUCUCGAACGCGAAUGGCGCGAGCGGAAGCGGAAGUAGUUGCUGCGCGACGAAUGGCGCGAAUGGGGUUAAUGGCCAUUGA